AUGAGAGAGAAAGUAAGAGGAAAAAACACGUUCUCUCUUUGCGAGGUCCGAAAGUGGAGAACACAUAGCAUUCUCUGGGCACAUAGGAUCAAACGUAAAGCAGCGCUUUCUUGGCAGAGUUUUAGGCGGCAAGAGACUUUAGGGCUUGUUGGAGCUUCUGAGCAUAACGAAUCGAAGCCGAAGACGGAUCAAGGUAGCUUGCCUGCCAAGCCGAUAGGCGAAGUGCCGAAGGAUGGAGCGUGCAAAGUCGAUCGUGCCCCUGUCGUGUGA